UGUCAUUAUAAACGGAUUCGACUGUAUAAUGAUUUGACGAUAUUAAUUAUUAUUUUAUCCUUAAAUUAUUGUACAUUGUACAAGUAUAACUACAAUGCCCAAUCAUGAAACCACAAUUUUUGAUAUGAAGUUUAGUAUAGAAAAAAAUAAGGAUUAAUUUUACAUGUUAUUGAAUUCAGGCAAAAUCCAUCUGCGCAGAAAAGAACACAAUUAUAGAACCCAUAGUUCACAGUUGUAUUCCACCUUCACAAACCACAAAUAACAAUCUGCUUACGGGUGGUUGGUAUCGCCAUCCCCGCUAUGAAACAACGCGGCGACUCGGCCACCCUUACCUGUGACUAUGACCUCGAAGGGGGGAAACUGUACUCAGUCAAAUGGUAUCGGGAUAAUGAAGAGUUCUACAGGUACAUGCCUAGAUUGCGGCCGCCGCAGCAUUCGCAUAAACUUGAUGGGGUUAAAGUUGACUUAGAGAAGUCAACGGCCCGUCGAGUGCAUCUGAGAGAGCUGACCCUUAAGUCCCGAGGGUUUUACCGGUGCGAGGUUUCCGAAGAGGCUCCCUCUUUCCACUCCGCGCAAGCGGAGGACUUUAUGGAAGUUUAUUAUUUUCCACGUGAGAGCCCCCGGAUCACCGGUCACGAGCGUUCUUACCGACUCAAAGAGCCACUCGAUGUAAACUGUUCAUCGGCUCGAUCGUUCCCGGCUCCUGAGCUGCAGUGGCUUAUCGACGGACAGAAAGUUACAGAUAGAUCCUGGCUAGUAGCAUAUGGUUCUAAGCCUGCGCCUCAAGGACUUUUGGUAACAACUCUUGGUCUAAGAGCCCCAACGAAAAAACGGAUGAAACUCAAAUGUGUGGCAACUAUAGACACUCAUAGAAGAGAACGAACUGUCAUCAUAGAAACCAAUUCGGGCGUUUUUCGGCACAAAGCUACGAAUUUGCUGAUUUAUAUCAUAGUAAUUACUGUUAUACGUAAGGAAGUAUUGUGAUAGAUAUAAAUAUAAAUAAAUUUAUUUCGUAUA